GUCUUUCCGCGAAGAAUAGCUGCUCGGCUCACGUGUAUUAAACAAAACACAGACGGUGGGUUGACAUGUCUGCAGUUUGAUGGUCUCUGCGGAGAACAGUCGUGCAGCUCGGGCCCGUUGAAGACGGUUACCGUUUUCUGAACAUCGCAAAGCUCAAUUACAGACAGCAUUUUUGUUCCAAAGUGGAUACAGUCUGGUGAGAAAUGGCAGAGGGAGGCUUUGACCCUUGCGAGUGCAUCUGCACUCAGGAGUAUGCUAUGAGGCGCCUCAUCAACCUGCUCAGGCAAUCUCAGUCCUACUGCACAGACACGGAGUGCCCUCAGGAAUUGCCAGGUCCUAGCGGGUCAGUGGGUGGAGGUGACCUGACCCUCCCCAUGUUUCUUAUGGGAUGGAUGGUGGUGGCUCUGGUCCUGUUUCUACUGCGCCCAUCCAGUCUCAGGGGUGCCCGUCCGACAGGAAAACCCACUGGACCCCACAAUAGCGAUAGAAGAGAGCCCCCAGCACCACCGGUUGAUUAGCACUGGAGCCAGACUACCGGCUAUCAUCCACCUGCUCUGACUGCAGCCGCACAGUUAGUUAGUAACUGUGACCAGGACAGCGUCAUCUCCCUGUCAACCUUCAUUCACAUAUCUUUUUCUUUUUUCCUCUUCUAACGCCACUGCAGAUCUGUCUUUGACUCUUGAUACUAGAGCCCAACUGAUGCUGGAGUUAUGAGGCCAGUACAGAUGUGCCAUUGAAUUUAAUAAUAUAGAGGUUGAUAAUCAUUUUCUUACAUAAACACACAAUAUAUAUACCAUCUGCAGUUAUUCGGCUUCCACUUUAGUUUUGGUUACCUUAGCGGCAUUUAUCAAUAGAUAUCACGUGGAAUUUAAUAACGGCAUACAAUUUUAGCAGAAACACACAACUAUUAGCAUAUAUGUUGCAUAUCGGCUAGCAUAUAUGCUAAUACCACGGGCUGUCAGAUAACAUUGGCAAAGUUAAAUAUCAGUUGGGCUCUAUAUGACACUUCACCAAGUCUUAAACCAUGAGGUGUGGCUUUGUUUGGAGUUCGUCCCUGAUCCCAGCUCUGGUGCUGACACAUCUGCAGAAACUCGGACGUGAACUCAAAAUGAAGGAACAUGUCACAUGUUUGGGGGGUAGAAGGAAGGGGAAGCAAAGAAUUCCCUGCUGGGUGGUUAAAUUGUUGUUCCUGUGCUUUCUGAGUAAUGAAUGGUGGCGGGUUCUUCAGUUUUUUUCUGAAACAUUCCACUCUUUCUAGUUUAAAGUUUAAACUCUAAACGGUGCCAGUCAUGAUGUCAUAUCACAUAAGUAGUUAAUGGCAUAUUUAAACCAGCAGAAUGACAGAAUUUAAUACGCUUAUUUGAUUAGCUUACAUUCUGAAUUUCAAUAGGAUUUUAUUUACAGUAAAAUUGUGUUAAUGCAGUGAAAUAGUCCUGUAUGUUUACAUUUAGGCCUCAGUUAAAUCACAUACAUGCCGAAGCCAGCAAAUAGUCAGGUCUGCUAUGUAAACUGGAUUUCCAAGAAUAACGUCUUGGUUACCGUGGUGUGUGUGAUUGAGAUGGCAAUACAUUUGCAAUAAGUUAUUAGUUAAUCUAGAAAGUGUGAGCAAAAUAUUUGAAGCACAGGAAACAGUUAUUCUCCUCAGUCAUAAGAGGUGCAAGUGAGUUUAAAGAAUAUUAAAAGCUCACAGAUUCAUUUCACAAAAUGAAAUGAAUUGCAGGCAUGCAGAUGGAGACAAUAAACUCGGCACGGACAAGAUCAGUUUGUCAUAUUAAGAUGACUGUGUGUACUGUAAUUUUGGUGUGGUUAGAAGAAAUUUCUGUAGACACAAAUGUAAGUAGCCAAAAAUUUAUUUCAUUAGCACUUUUGUUCAUUCCUUUUUGAAGGUCUAAUGUAGUGAUUCAGGUGUCUGAACAAUGACAGCAAUCCAAAGUUUCUGCUUCACAACUUCUAUAUCGUAGCAUGUCAAACUGAUGAGUAGUGAAUGAGUGAAAAUGUGUUUUAACAGUGCCAAUGUGAAUUUGUGGCUCAGAAAUUGAAAGAACGUUUUGUGAAAAACAGCAAUAUGAGGUCAUUUGUAUUUUGUGAUGGAGAAACGAGGAGAGAAUGGUCCGCAAUCAUGUUUAUCUUUCUUACAUGUAUCUUUUUGGGAACAUUAUUCAGUGAUACAGCAGCCAUGUCUACAAUACAGAAACACUGAUUCCAUUUUAGUUACCCACACAUAACAGAAUCAUUCAACCCACAUAUUCCCAGAGCCACUGACUGAACAAUCACAUUGGAUCCUGCAGCUGAGAGAUUCCACUUCACUAUAUAAUGAUAUAACAAAAGUAACAUUUAUCACUAUGUGGUUUACACUACAAGGGUAUGUUCUUGCAGCAUUCCUUGAUUAUUUACUUGGUCCAGAACUUUGCUACGCGAAUGAUUCAUUUAACAUCUAGUUAAUUUUAUAGAAGAUUUAUCAGCAAGAACAAGGUUUUAAAAGAAAUCUGUGACCAGGAAAAUAUGAACGAUGACAAAUUGUGUUUGUUUACCUAACCAACUACACACACGUACAACAGGCUUACAAAGUUACAGAAAGGAAUCCACCCUCUUUUAAAACAAACUGAAGAAAUUGAUAUUAUCUGUGUGUGUCUGUUAUUGGCUGUUAUAUUACAUCACACAGCAGUACUGUUUCUCUAGUGUCAAAUGUGAUCACCUAUAUCGUGCAGUACUGUGUAUGUAUUAGGAAGAGUCUUUCUUUAUCACAGCAAAAGUUUAAAAUCAUGACAUGAUUUGUAACAUCUGUGGGCCAAGUUUAUCUUCAUUUCCAUAUCAGCAAAUGUUCUCUGAACUUUUUGUACUUUCUAGAGUCCUUUGGGUGAUGGCAGGGAAGAGCUAAAAGAAGGAAAGUGUUGUGUAAACCUUACAUGUUGUAUAUAAUGCAGUGGGGAAGCCAUACUAGAUCACUGAGAAGAACAAGUGGACUGUCUGGUAUCACAGGAGACCUCAAUUUACACUGUUACUGUCUAAGAGUAAAAGGGCUUCAACUAUGCACUUUUCCUACAACAAAAGAAAAAAUUAAAAAAGACUUUAGUCUUA